CCAAGCCAUCAGCUUGUCACCUUCCCGCCCAUGCCCGAGCAGAACACCGGAACAGAGCGAGCGAAACAAAAGCUAAUUAAGCGACCCAUGGCCCAGGGAGGCGAUGCCGCCGCGUGCCGCUGCAGUCUGCCCCUGCUGCCACUGCCACCGCGGCGCCUCCUCCUCGUCGUCCUCGUCGCCAUGCUGACCGCGGUUUUGGUGGCGGCGCCGUCGGCGAGGGCGGCGUGGGUGGAGGACUACCCGUCGGGGGUGCCGUGCGGGGCGACGAUCCCGGUGGAGCAGUGCGACCCGGGGGACGCGGCGGCCAACAGCGCAUGCAUGGACGUGUGCCACUACGGCGGGUGCCGCCGCGGCGGCCGCUGCGUGUCGCUCGGCUUCGCCAGGGGCCGUGGCUGCCAUUGCAGGUGCUAGCCUGCCGCACGGUAGCUUCCAUGUUCUUGCAGUUCGCCAGCGGCUCUUCCCGGCCUUUUUUUCCCCUCUGUGUGUACUUGAGUGGUACGAUCUGUGCAAUAUUGCGUUGGGUGGUUUCACCUGCGCAGUCGGUGGCUUCUGUUUGCUCCUCCGUUUUUCUGCAUGCACAGCCUAAGGCCAAAAGUCGUCUCUCAAAUCGUGGUCGCUGUCCGUCUCAAACUGGACAAAUUUCAUAUAAACUAAACGGUUUCUUUUAAAUUGAACCAAAUUAAAGGAAAUGAUUAGCAUCCACCGGCGGAUUGCUUCCAAACGUCAACCGCCUCCAUCGUCUACCACGUGUCCAUGUGGCCCCACCAGUUCUUCACCUUUCCUUCCCCAGAAACAUCUCAAUCCUAUCGCUCUCCGUCUCAACCAAGAACAGCUGCAGUGAAGGGCCUCGGCUUGUACGGGUAUCAAUUUUGAAUAGACUAUAAAUUUCUGCAACAAAACCUCCGUUACAGAAUAAUUCUACAACAAG